CUGGAAAUGAAAGUGAAGAGAUCAGGAGGCACAUGGAGGGAGCUGCAGGGGCAGCCGGCCCAGAAGCAGAAUGCUUCCUUCUGUAAUUAAAUAGCAUUUACUAUGAUUAUUACUUAUAGUAAUAAUAUCUAAUAAUAUCUCUAGUAAUAUCAUACAAUUUAUCAAGGAAAGUUAUACAUAGUGUGGGGGGGAAACUCAAGCAGAGAGACUAUAAUGGAGAGACAGAAAAGAAAAGAAGAAAUAGAAAAAGGACUUCAAUUCAUUCAGUCUACAUUGCCCCUAAGCCAAGAAGAUUAUGAGGCCUUUUUGCAGAAGCUGGUGCGGAACCUGUUUGUGGAAGGCAAUGACCUGUUCCGAGAGAGAGACUUCAAGUUGGCACUGGUACAGUAUGUGGAAGGGCUGAACGUGGCAGACUAUGCCGCCUCAGAUGAGGUCACCAUCCCAGUAGAGCUCCUGUGCAAGUUGCAUGUCAACCGGGCUGCCUGCUACUUUGCCAUGGGCUUGUAUGAGAAAGCUCUGGAAGACAGUGAGAAGGCUCUAGCUCUUGACAAGGAGAACAUCCGAGCACUUUUCCGGAAAGCUCGCUCCUUGAAUGAGCUGGGGAGGCACAAGGAAGCAUAUGAGUGUAACAGUCGCUGUCUGCUCUCCCUCCCACAUGAUGAAAGUGUCACACAGCUUGGUCAGGAGCUUGCGCAGAAACUGGGAUUAAGGGUUCGGAAAGCCUAUAAGAGGCCUCAGCAGGAAUUGGAAACCUUCUCUCUACUCAGUAAUGGCACAUCAGUCAACUUAUCCAAUCAGACAACUUCCAAUGGAUUGGGUUCUAUAGAGGACAUUGAAACAGAGUGCUCCAUGGACCUGCAGUGCAUUCCUGCUCCCGUUGCCACUUCCAUCCCUGUGAGUGAGGGGUUGGCCCUUUCACCCUCUGACUUGGAUGUAAAGGGCCUACCCACCUCUCUUCCUGCUGCCAGCCUGCUCCCUUCUCCAGACUGUGUCUCCCUGCCAGUGCCUGAGAGUGUGGAGGACUUCACAGAUGGGGAGAUCAUUGGGGAAGAACUGGACUCUCUCCUGGAUUCCAUUGCUGAUGGGUCACAGUAUCCUCUAUCCCUGGUCCAAGGAACCAUCCCCACCAACCUGCCUACUGAGAUGCCACAGCUGAUCCCUGUGUUUCCGGGUGGAACGCCGCUGCUGCCCCCUGUGGUGACAGGAAAUAUACCAGUCUCCACACCACUGCCACCUGCCUCCUUUGGCCUGGUGAUGGAUCCUACCAAGCAGCUCUCCUCCUCCUCUGUCCUGGAUGCCUUUGAGCCACCACCACCAGGGGGAAGUGGUGGCUCCACUCUGGAUUCUCUGGAUUCGCUAGAUCUACUCCCAUACCCCGAGUCACAACUCGAUGCACUGGAUACCUUUGGGACUAGCAGGGGUUCAUUGGACGCCUUGGAUUCCUUUGCCAUCGAAGAAACUGGCACUCAGGAACUGCGACACCCUGCUGGCAACCAGACGCCAUCUCCUGUGGUCAACCUCAUUGGGGUAAGUCACCCUGCUGUACCCAAGGUGCCUGGGCUCCUGCUGUCUCAGGCAGAGUCAGCAAUGCCCAAUACAGCCCUGCUCGUGAAGAACCCACUUGCAUCCACUCACCUCUUCAAACAAGCCUGCCACAUCUGCUACCCCAAAACAGGCCCUAAAGCCGGAGAUUACACGUACCGGGAAGGUCUGGAGCACAAGUGCAAGCGAGAUAUACUGCUGGGGAGACUGCGAAACUCUGAAGAUAAGACGUGGAAGAGGAUCCGACCUCGCCCCACCAAAACCAACUUUGUAGGAUCCUAUUACCUGUGCAAAGAUAUGCUUAACAAGCAGGACUGUAAGUACGGGGAUAACUGCACCUUCGCGUACCACCAGGAGGAGAUCGACGUGUGGACAGAGGAAAGGAAGGGUACCCUCAAUCGCGACCUCCUCUUUGACCCGCUAGGUGGCCUCAAGCGGGGCAGCCUAACCAUUGCCAAGCUCCUGAAGGAACACCAGGGCAUCUUCACCUUCCUAUGCGAGAUCUGCUUUGACAGCAAACCCCGCAUCAUCAGCAAAGGGACCAAGGACUCUCCAGCUGUCUGCUCCAAUCUUGCUGCCAAACACACCUUCCAUGACAACAAGUGUUUGGUUCACAUUGUGCGUUCCACUUCCCUGAAAUACUCUAAGAUCCGCCAGUUCCAGGAGCACUUCCAGUUUGAUGUGUGUCGGCAUGAGGUGCGUUACGGCUGCUUGCGUGAAGAUAGUUGCCACUUUGCUCACAGCUUCAUUGAGCUCAAGGUCUGGCUGCUGCAGCAGUAUUCAGGAAUGACCCAUGAAGAUAUUGUGCAAGAAUCCAAAAAGUACUGGCAGCAGAUGGAGGCACAUGCCAGCAAACCAGCAAACAGCAUGGCUUCCAGUCGGUCUCCAAUAUCAAGUACCUUUGACCUCCAGAUGAAAUUUGUUUGUGGCCAGUGCUGGAGGAAUGGACAGGUGGUGGAGCCAGAUAAAGACCUCAAAUACUGCAAUGCCAAAGCACGUCACUGUUGGACAAAGGAGCGUCGCGUCCUGCUGGUGAUGUCCAAAGCAAAGAAGAAGUGGGUGUCUGUCCGACCACUGCCUUCCAUCCGUAACUUCCCACAGCAAUACGAUCUGUGUAUCCAUGCGCAAAAUGGCAGGAAGUGCCAGUAUGUUGGGAACUGCUCUUUUGCCCAUAGCCCUGAGGAGAGAGACAUGUGGACCUUCAUGAAAGAAAAUAAAAUCUUGGAUAUGCAGCAGACUUAUGACAUGUGGCUAAAGAAACACAACCCCGGGAAGCCAGGAGAGGGGACUCCGCUCACAUCACGGGAAGGGGAGAAGCAGAUCCAGAUGCCCACAGACUACGCUGACAUCAUGAUGGGUUACCACUGCUGGCUGUGCGGAAAGAACAGUAACAGCAAGAAGCAAUGGCAACAGCACAUCCAGUCAGAGAAGCACAAGGAAAAGGUUUUCACCUCUGAUAAUGACUCCAGCUGCUGGAACUACCGCUUCCCCAUGGGUGAAUUCCGGCUCUGUGAAAGGUUCCAGAAGACCAAGACCUGCCCUGACGGGGACAAGUGCCGCUAUGCUCAUGGCCAGGAUGAGCUGAACGAGUGGCUGGAUCGGAGGGAGGUACUGAAACAGAAACUGGCCAAAGCCCGCAAAGACAUGCUGCUUUGCCCCAGGGAUGAUGACUUUGGCAAAUACAACUUCCUAUUGAGGGAUGACGUAUAGUGGAGGGAUAGGGAACCCAUUGACUGGAGAAACACAGAGGCAGGUUUUCAAAGGGUGGCUGUGGCAAAGAGUUCAAGAUACGUGUCUCAUAAAGAGAACUUUUUUUUUCAUUUUGUUUUAAGAUUACCAAGGUGAUUUAUUGGUGAAUGAAAUCACAGACUGAUUCAUCUUUGGCCAGCGAAUGCCAUGCUCAUAACAUUUGUUUUCUGUCUUUCUUAUUUUAAUUCUCUUUCCCCAUCCUUUUUUUUUAAUUUUUAUUUAAAGGAACAACUGCUGUCCCCAGUGGGGCAUGAGAGAGAGAGAGAGAAUCAUGUUGUUAAGAUUCCCCUGUCCUCAGAUUCCAAACUUGGCUGCCUUGUUUUAUGGGACAUCACAACAUAAUGAAUACAAAUAUGGAGGAAAAGCCAAGCAAGGGGUCAGGGUUCUUGGAACAAGCAUGCCUGUAAAGUUACAUAUGCCCCUUAUUCUCAGUAUCAUGAGUUAGCUUCCAACUAUCUCCUUUGACUGGCAUGCAAAUGUGGAAGAACUGUACCAAAACAGCUGUAGUAGAGACUCAGAUAAGAAUUGCCUUAAAGUCCAUUUGGCUUAAAACAUCUGGACUGAGCUCCUACUCCUGGGUGAUGGUGAAGGAACAAAAUUAGAUCCUUAGUCUUCCCCAGAGACACGCCUGACAGCUGAAGAGCGUAAUGGGUGUCUCACUCCCUAGCUGACUUGUGUCUGGGAAGUACUUUUGGCAGUUUGAAAGCAGUCAUAGGUGAUUGUUUCCCAUUGUGAUUGAUUGUAGCCAAAGAGAGAAUGGGUAAUGGAUUGUUUGAUGUCUUUUUCAUGAACCAAAAAAAUAUCAGAUGUUUCUUAAACUGGUAUGACUGCACACAUAAGAUCAGCCAGAGAAGGGAAAGUAACUGUUUUUUUGCCCUUUGGCUAUGGAAAGUCAGUCAGCUUCUCCCCUCAGGGGGGUUUACCUCUUUAAAUGGUGUAACCUAAUUAAUUGCUUGGGUACUAGUCCUGUCUGUAAAGACUGAAGGCUCUGUCAAAAGAAGCAGGCCAAAAGUCAAUUAAGCGGACAUUAUUAAGUAGUACAGGCCCAAAGUUUAGGGUGUUACUUAGUGUUUUAGUGAAACAAUAUGAUUAGAAGUGAUUUCAUGGGUUCUGUGACAUUUGGAGCUAGCACUAUUCUCUGAUAUAUAUUGUGGCUACUGAGAGGGGAUCCGUGAGUGGGGCUAAAGCAUGCUGUACUUCUCCAAGGAAGGGCAUGGCCUCAUGUCUUUCAUACAGGGAUGCAUUAAGGAAAAGGCUGCAAGGGGCUGUAGUGUCUGCUGUGUCACUUGUAUGCUGGCCUCUUUAGAAUAGUGGUGAGGACUUGAUGAAGUUCACAUCUCUGACACUGGUAUGAUAUAAAUUAUGUUAGAAAGUUAAUCAAGCUCAAAUGGACGAACCUAGUUCGCUGACAGAUAAGCAUGAACUGUAGUGGAGAGUAAUCCCUCCUACGUAACUCCCCUGGGUCAGGAUUUCAGUAUUUAUAAUGGCAGUGGUGAGCUUCUGACAGAAUGGGGAUAUACCAGUAGACUGAUGCUUUGCUGGUGGCCAACUUGGUGCCUUGCCCUAUUCCAUCUGGACCUGGUGAGUGGGUGUAUCAGUAUCUGCAUGGUUUGUACUGAGCUUCCCUGUCCAUCACUUUCUUCAGUCUACACAUGCAUGUGAUGCAUCUAGACAGCAGCAUUGGUUCCAGAGCACUCUGCCUCUACCUUCUUGAGAGAAAUGUCUUGUUCUUUACAGUGUCUUACAGGAUUAUUAUACCAAUGAGAAGUCAGAGCCCUGUCUGGUGUGGUAUCUGCGCUGAAUGGAUAAUAAGUAAAACAUGGCUGUACAUUGCAUGGUGCUGGGUGCCAUUUUCAUUACACCUUCCUUCCCACUCUAGUAACACUUGUGUCUGUGGCUGAGAGAGAUCACGUAGAUGUAAAUAUAUGGGAAAUAUUGAAUUGGCAGCUGGCAUCUUUAUAAACUCUUGUAGAGGCAGCUAGCUCAUAGUGGUUGCAGUACCAGAAAUGGGAACAAGGAGACCUAGAUUCUGGUCUUUCCAUUCUCCCUCUGCUACUCACUGGUCCUGGAGAAGCUGCUAGCCGUCAUUUUUCUUACUUGUAAAACUGAGGUAAUGCUUUACCAGGUAUGAGACCUAAUUUGCUAAUGCCUGCACAAUGCUGCGAGAUCCUUGCAUGCCAGGGCACUGGAAGUGCAUAGCCUGUUUAGGAUGAGUGCUUUAUGAUAGAGCUUGGAGAAGAGGGAAUCUUUUCACCAUUGCUGCCCACUCCUCCCCGCACCAGAGUGAAGGGAGCUGGGGAGCUCCUGCCUCUAGUGCUCGCUCACCCCUGCCCCAUGGUCCCAUGGGGCAUUGCAGUUUUUUGGGUGGGUGGGCAGACGCUGUAUUUCUUCUGAUCUUUUUCUAGCUGCCCUAUCCUUGCCUUCCCAAUGUGUGUUCAGCAGCCACACCACCCACAGGAUUUACCAAAACCAGAGAAGUGAGCAUCAGUCCGCAGAAUUGUACCCUAUUUUAGGCAAUGGGGAAAUUAAUUAGCAUUGGGGAAUGCUGGUAAGCAUUUUUGUUAAAACCAAAUCUGCAUUUAUAGUGUAACUCUAGUGUUCGCUGUGCCAUGAUUUAAGAUAAGAUGAUCAUUUAUUUAGAUUAUGGAGGGGAAUGAUAAACAACUCCCCAUCUCUUUAAUCAGAAAAUAACUGCUCUGCACACCCUCCUCUCCAAACUGAUAGUGUUCCCGGGGCCUGUUAUGAAGGGGGCAAAGGGAGGAAGUGUGUUGGGGGGGACGUGGUCACAGGUGCUGCAUUGAGUAUCUAUUUUUGUUUUCCCUGAUAUGAUAACCUGAUAUGUGGUGUUGCAGUAUUUUGUCACCAGACUUGUUUUAGUGUGUAUAUAUGUGACCCACCCCCGUGAAAGCAUAUAUACACAGGUAUUAAAUAUAUCACUCUAUAUAAUAUUAUAUGUGUGUGGUAUCAAAGGAAUCUUUUUAAUGAGGGUAAUGGAAAAGGACUCGGGCCAAGAAAUGCAGCAUCUCCUAUUUAAGUGUAAUUGCCUUUGUUUUGGAAGGGGGCACAUAAAAAAGGAAGGGAGGGUUUAAUAUAGACAGGUAUAAAGUUCUGGAUAGAACAGGUUUCUCUUAUACUUCUGAAAACCCUCUGGUGAUAUUCUGACAAUCUCAUCUCUGUGAAAGAGUAUUGAAGUGCUUAACUAGUGAGUGAACUAUCAAGGGCAAGAGGCUCCAGAUUUGAACCCUCAUUUUAUUUUCCUUACAGCUCUUUUUAAAAGUUCAUGGGAUCUUUGGGUAUGUAAAUUCAUCCUGCCAAAAAUACUCAGCACUGGCAGCACAACAAUUAACCUGUAGGCCUCCAUGGUGUCAUUGCAUUGCUUUUGGAGCACACUCAACCAAGCUCUCAUGAAAGACCUUGCAAUAACAGGCUAGCCUCUCCGUUUAUGUGGUGUGGGAGCUAAGAGGAGAAUUUUCACCAAGGAAACCACUUUGAGGGGUGUUAACAAAAGAGAUUUUUUUUUUUAAAUAAAUAAAGAAAAAAGGAUAAGGAAAAAAAAAUAUCCUUUAAGCACACAAACACACAGUAUUUGAUUUAAAUCAGUUUGUUAAAUACUAAAGGAUUUAGUGAAAAUCCUUUGGGUCAAGGGAAGGAUUGAUGUGAAGCUGGUGUCAGAGUUAACCAGACCUUUAAAGAAAAAUCAUAUAUUUAGAUUGUAUGAAAUCAUGCGUCAAAAAUGUAUGGGCCCUUAGCAUGUAAAAGGGAAAGAAAGCAAGGGGAUGCUUCAGUUCUAAGCUGGAUAGUAAUGAGUUAGAGUCCUUUAAAUUGUCUUUGUAUUAAUAUAAUUCAAGAAUACCACGCUUUACUAUUAAAAAGAAAACCUUAGUAUCUUUCAAAAGAUCUAGUACCAGGAUAAUAAUGUAGACGUUUUAACAACAUUUUUGUUUUGUUCUUAAUAAAAACAAACAAACUUGCUUCUUUUAGCCUUUGUAAUAGAAAAUAAAAGUGUGCACUUUAAACCCUC